UUAAACUCCUUAUAAAACCCUGCACCUGCCUCCUAAACCUCUCCUUUCCUUUGAUUUCUGAAUCAGCGGCUCCGUGCAAGCAAGACUGCAUGCGAAGCUGCUGAGCAGCAAGGGGUGUGGCGACUGGCAAGAUGAGGCGCGCAGGUGUUCUUCUGGCGCUCCUGCUCUCCUUGUCUGCGCUGUCUGCCUCCGCCGCUGAAGCACACAAGGAACGAUUGGGAGGAAAUGCGGUACUGUUAACGGGCCGGGAAUGGUUGAGAGGCCGGAAGAUAAUGGCAGCUCUUGGGCAUGGAGAUGGCGCCAAGAAGGAUGAGGUGGUGGAAGAAGAGGGAGCCCAGAGCACAGGAGCAAAUCAAGAAGCAGAUGCACCUGCUGAAGCUGUACAUGACUCGGGUAAAAGGAGCAAGGGAUCAGCAACUCAUGCCAUGUUUCCGGCACCAAGGCAAGGCGAUACGGCUGCCGUGGCCCCUGAGGUCCUCGGCAUGGAUUACAACUUCAAGCUGGAUGCCCGUCGCCACCGACCCAUCAACAACGACGCUCCGCUGGACGAACUCGCCAAGAAGCCCUAGGUAUUGUGAAUCUCGGGUAUAGCUCCUGGAGUAUGAGAUAAGCAGGGUCCUCUUGCUUUAUAGAUACAUCUAACCACAGUAGCCAUUAGCUAAUGGUUAGCUUAGCUAGUUAGCUUAGGAUCGGAGCUCGCUCUACAAGCCACAUGUAGGCUGUAGCUCGUUCUUGGUACUCAUGGAACCCAUCUGAGUUCACUGGAACGGGCAGUUUUGGUUGUAAUGUGCUUGGAUGGAGAGCAUCUGUAAUUUCUCAGCAUCACUUCUGAAGUUGCAGACAAAAGAAACUGAUGGUGGCCCUUCAGGUAAUCACCAAUCAGGUUCAGGUUGCAGGAUGCGUGCCGAGUGGCAACAGAGGCUUAUAGGCGUGAAGCUCUGUCCAGACUUUUUCAGUUGCAGUGAGAGAUGUUUAGGCCUUCUUGGGCCGAAGCACCGGCCCACUACAUAUCUAAUAUGGUGGUGCAAAAGGGAUGGCCGAUCCAUAUUGGGCCUAGAUUGGGGUUUAUACUUUUAGAUCCCUCAUGCGUGAGCGCUCAGA